ACCACAAUUCAGGAUGGGGGUGAAGAGGUAGAAGAAGGAGCUGUUUACCAUGUCACCCUGAAAAGAGUGCAGAUUCAGCAGGCUGCCAACAAAGGAGCAAGGUGGCUAGGGGUCGAAGGGGACCAAUUACCUCCAGAGCACACAGUCAACCAGUAUGAAACAUUCAAGAUUAGGACAAUCAAAGCUGGAACUUUAGACAAACUUGUGGAGAAUCUUCUGACAGCUUUUGGGGAUAAUGAUUUUACCUACAUCAGUAUCUUUCUGUCAACAUACCGGGCCUUUUCUUCUACUAAGGAAGUACUAGAACUACUCCUUGACAGGUAUGGGAACCUGGAGAUCCCAAGCUGUGAAGAAGUUGGAAACCAGAAUUCCUCUGAAACUCAAACAGUACUCAGGACUGCGAUAGCAUCAAUCUUGCGAGCCUGGCUCAAUCAGUGCUCUGAGGAUUUCAGAGAGCCACCCAACCACCCCUGCUUGCUGAAGCUGCUGGAUUACCUGAAGAAGCAUAUACCUGGCUCUGACCCGGAGAGGAGGGCACAGAACCUCCUGGAGCAGUUCCAGAACCAAGAAGUGGAAAACAGUAGUGGGUUCUAUAACCCUUCACUCUGUAACCUAAAUGAUGAAGAGGAACUGGAGAUGAGCAGUCCAGAAGAGUUCUCUUUAUUCCCAGAAGACCGUGUGGCAGAACAGCUGACAUACAUGGAUGCGGAACUCUUUAAGAAAGUUGUAGCCCACCACUGUUUGGGAUCCAUCUGGUCUCGAAGGGAUAAACAAGAAAACAAGCACCUGGUAGCUACUAUCAAAGCCACCAUCUUUCAGUUCAAUGCAGUUACCAAAUGUGUUGUUAGCACUAUCCUGAAGAGCAAGGAGCUGAAAACACAGCAAAGAGCCAACAUCAUUGAGAAGUGGAUUCAUAUUGCACAUGAAUGUAGGAUCCUGAAGAAUUUUUCCUCCUUGAGGGCCAUCAUUUCAGCACUGCAGUCCAACUCCAUCUAUCGGCUCAAGAAGUCCUGGGCGUGUGUUCCAAAGGACACAAUGCUGAUGUUUGAAGAGCUGUCUGAUAUCUUCUCAGACCAUGACAAUUAUUUGACAAGCAGGGAGCUGCUGAUGAAGGAAGGAACUUCCAAAUUUGCAAAUCUGGACAGCAGUGUGAAAGAAAAUCAGAAAAGGACUCAGAGGCGACUGCAACUUCAAAAAGAUAUGGGAGUAAUGCAAGGCACAGUGCCUUAUCUUGGUACCUUCCUCACUGAUCUCGUCAUGCUUGAUACAGCCCUUCAGGACUAUAUUGAGGGUGGCCUGAUAAACUUUGAGAAGAGGCGAAAGGAAUUUGAAGUGAUCGCCCAAAUUAAGCUCUUGCAGUCUGCGUGUAACAGCUAUUGCAUGACACCAGACCAAGAAUUCAUCCAGUGGUUCAAGAGACAGCAGCAUUUAACUGAAGAGGAGAGUUUCAGCCUUUCACGUGAGGUUGAAGCAGCUGCUGACACUAGCACCACGUCGCCAAAAUCUCGGAAAAGCAUGGUGAAGAGGUUCAGCCUACUGUUUCAAAGCUCCGAGGUGACGGCCCAUAGCACACCCAUCAAAGAACAACCCAAAUCUACUCCAGGUGGGAGCUCUGGUGAAAGCACGGACUCAGCCAGUGUUUCAUCAUGCGAGCUCAAUCACUCCGAGUCUGAAGACGUCUGCGUUGCCCCCGAAGGCGCUCCCGAGGAGUCUCAGAAGCAGCUCUCUGAAUCUUCUGAAUCCUCCUCCUCCGAAUCCUCCUCUUCCUCCAACCAUUCCACAGACACAUCUUCCUUCGGGGUGUCAUCUUUAACCUCAGCCACUCUCUUGUCAUCCUCUAAUGACAACUCCAAUGACAAGUGCCCCGUCUCCAUGACGCCCAUUACCUCAAAAGUCCUGCCUCCAGUUUACAACCAGCAGAACGAAGAUAUGUGCAUCAUCCGGAUCAGCAUAGAAGAUGACAAUGGCAAUAUGUACAAGAGCAUCCUGCUAACUAGCCAAGACAAAACUCCUGCUGUCAUCAAGAGAGCGAUGUUAAAGCACAACCUGGAAUCUGAUGCAGCUGAGGAUUAUGAGCUUGUACAGGUCAUCUCUGAGGCCAAAGAGCUGGUGCUCCCAUCCAACGCCAACGUGUUCUACGCCAUGAACAGCCGCGUGAACUUCGACUUCAUCCUGCGGAAGAAGGCUCCCGUCAGCAGGGAGCUGAACAUGAGGAGCCGCUGCAGCCUGAUACUCCCCCGGACUGCUGCCAGACGGGGGUGCUGGAGCCACAGGCCCAGCAAAAUUGCACUGUGA